UCUUAUUAAGCAUUGAUCUAUGGCAUCGAUGAUCUGCUAUAUCAAGCAUUGGUUUUAUACAAGCAUACAUAAUUGAGUCCAACAAAACAUACAUACAUAAGACAAUCGCAUAUCAUAUAAAAGCAGUAUGUUAGCAACCUAUAAUGAUAUGAUAUAAUAUAAACAAGACCAUAGUAACACACAAUAUAUAAUAGAGCAAUGUCUAUUUUUUACCCAAACCUUUUCAAAAUUCUUGUAUUUUAUCCAAACCAAUUCUAUUUAUUAUCCAAACAUUAAGUUUCCAUUAACAGUUUCAUUAGUUAAAACUGAGCGGGCAAAAGAAGUGCUGAUGUGGCAAUAAAUUAAUUUUUUUAUUAUGCCACAUUAUUCUCUAAUAACCAUUUAUUAUUUUAGGGAAAACAUAAAAAUUAAACCAACGCUCGUCCUUCUCUAUCAACCACAAUCACAUCACUGCGGCUACAGUAAGCCCCAAAUUACCCAUCGACCAAAAAACCCUGCUUCCGGGAUUGCCCUCCCCUCCAAAAAGGGACCCAAAAAUUCCCAAACUUGGUGCAAAUGAUCCCAAGAGCGCAUCUGGACGGCGCUGAAACGAGAAGCAACAGUGAAGGCGGGAAAUCAACAUCCGACGGGGGAUACGACAGCGGAGAUUACGGUAAUGAUACGUCUGGGUCAGAAUCGAAAUGCUCGGAUGAGGAUGAGCCUGAAUUGGAUCGGGGAUACAAGAAGGGAGACAUCGGUGAAGCUAAUAGAGGCACCUUUUGCGAUUCCAGAUUGAUGAGAAGAGAAAACGAGGUGCAGAUGAGGACGUCGACCUCAAGCCCUCGCUGCCAAACCCGCCGUCGACACCAUCACCGCGAAACCCGCCAUCGUUGGAGCUUCGUCUCCGACUAGAUCUAGAUCGGCGCUCAGAACCCUCAAGCCCUCGCUGCGAAAACCGCCAUCGUCGCCAAAACCGGCGUCGCUAGAGCUUCAUCUCCGACGAGAUCUAGAUCGGCGCUUCUGUGCUUAAUUUGGCUUGGCCAGGAUCCAGAUCGAGCUUUUUCGUUUUCUGGAAGAAGAGGAAGGAAAAAGGAAGGCAGAGAGAGGAAGAGGAUCGGGAAAAAGAGAGUCGAGAGGCGGAGAGAGUAAAGGAACAAAAAAUAAAGAACUGAUAUUUUUUAUUAUUUUAUUUGUAGUUUCAAAAAAAAUUAAGAUUUUUUAUUUUAUUAAUCUCAGACGUGUAUGCUGACGUGGAUCCUUAAGAGCUUGAGUAUAGUACCAUGUCCCAAAAUCCUGAGAUUUUGCUCGGAUUCUCCUAGUUAUGAAAUUUAACUCCUCAAAUACCCAAUAUUGUGGUUUAUUCCUGGAAUGCCCGACUUUGGCAUAAAACGUUGUUAUUGCGAGUGUUUUAAAAACAAAAACACCCCAAAAAGUAGCAUUUUAGUUAAAAUAUUGAGAUGUGAGCAAUUUAAUUUAAAUAGUUGUAAGCAAGAGCGCGUUAAAGACAAAACGCCAUCUAUAACAACAUUUAAACCACAUAAAAUGAUGCUACUGAAAGUGUUUUAAAAACAAAAAUGCCCCAAAAAUGGCAUUUUUGUUAAAACGUUGAGAUGGGAAGUGAUCUAAGUUAAAUAGCUAUAAUCUAGAGUGCUUUAACGACAAAGCGCAAACUAUAGUAGCGUUUAAAUAAAAAGCCGCAGCGUUUAAACCACUUAAAGCGCUGAAAGUGAAAGCAUUUUAUCUAAAAAGUUGUUUAGCUCAAAUCUAAGCCCUUCGCUGUAAUUGGUCCAAUUUUUUUGUACACAUACAGAUGCACUGUGGAGCGCUUUAAGUGACAUGGCGCAAAGCACACCGUCAGAUAGCGCUUUAUGUAAAGCACUCCCACAGUCAGGGUUUUAUGUGCAAUCCUUCACGUGCUCCGUCCUAGUUGGUUCAUUUUAUUGGACCCAUAUAGCUGUUGGGGACAACGUUUUGUUUGGCAUAAAUAAUUGUACCUUGC